AUGCACACAUUGUCUGGGCGCUAUGAUGUUUGCUGGCCUGCAUUGGCCGCUUUGAGUGCUGCACUUGGAGACACACUCGCGUCUGAACUUGCACCACUCGCCGACGCUCAACCAAAACUUGUCACACAUCCAUGGCGCCAAGUACCAGUCGGUACCAACGGCGGCGUCACUCUCGCGGGACUUUUCCUGUCAAUCGUCGGCGGCUGGAUCAUCGGUGCAUUGUAUGCCCUCACCGCGCGAGCACCAUCAAUUGCUGUUUUCGAACUCGUCGUACUCUGCGGACUAUUCGGACUCAUCGGAAGCCUCAUCGACAGCCUCCUUGGCGCCCUCCUCGAACGAGAUCCAGAGGAACGAGAUCCAGAGGAACUACAACGUCCUCACGAACGAGACCACUCGGACGAGAAACGAGACGGACACUGCGACGGGAAACGAGCGGGGCCUUCACUCUGGGCCGUAUUGGACAACGACCAAGUCAACUUCAUCAGCACGACGACCGCCGCCGCGCUGGCCUCUCUGAUGCUGUGA